UGCCAAAAAAUUUCAUGGCGUCUCGUUGAGUCGGCUCAAGUCGCGUUUUCUUCCGUAAAUUUGCGAGAAAAUUCAAUUUUUACCAGCAAUUCUUUGCCCAAAUCACUCGAGUUUGAUGACAUAUUUUAGUUGGUUUGUAGUGUUUUAGUUUUCCGUUCCGAUUUAGUUUCUGGAAGAUGGAUAUACCUGCUCCACCAAACGAUAUCGAAUUGAGGAACAUCAUCGACAAGCUCGCGGAAUUCGUUGCCCGCAAUGGUCCGGAGUUUGAGUUGAUGACCAAAACGAAGCAGAAGGGAAACACCAAGUUUGCCUUUCUAUACGGUGGAGAAUAUUACAACUAUUACCAGUACAAAGUGGCAAGUAAGCAGCAAUCGUUGAUGAAGCAAGGCGGACAUCCUCUGGGCUCGAUGGGGCAGCAAGUGGUAUUGAAUCCAUUUGCCUCGCAGAACCAACAACAGCAGCAAAAUCAGAAUCAAAAUAACAAUCAGAUGCCACCGCAAAUUUGGUCCAAUCCUCCACCGCCACCUCAGCAGGCUGCGCCUCAACAACAACAGCAGCAGCAACCCAUACCGCAACAGCCGGUGAUUACUCCGCAAAUAGCGGCACAGAUCGAAGCAGUUAAUACGCAACAAAAUGUCCUGCGGGAGCAAAUUCGCCAAUCGGAACUGAAUCUGACCGCUCAGCAUGGGGUUCUUUUGCAACAGCAACAGGUCCAAAUUGACGAAGCGGUAACACGGGCCCAGAACGAUGCUCUGGUCAAACAGGCCGACGAUAGCAAAAUUUCCCUCAGUGACUUUGAUGCUAAGCUUCAGCCCAUCAUCGACUCGUGCACCAAGGACAGCAUCUCCAAUGGAAAAGGCUGGAUUUUACAGCAUUGUACCGAUUCGGGAAAAUGUCAAAUUAUUUCGCAGUAUCUUUUGAGAAAGGCACUUAUUGCCGGAGUUUUAUUCUCGCAGAAAUUACAUCUCAUAUAUCUAGUAAACGAUGUAAUCCACCACUGCAUACGGAAGCGUACCGAUGAGCUGAAGAAAUGUUUGGAAAGUGCGGUCAUUCCUAUGUUUUGCAAUGCUCAAAUCACGGCCCAAACCGACGAUCAGCGUGCGAAGUUGACCAAGCUGCUGUCCUUGUGGGAAUCGAAAGGAAACUUUUUCGAUGCUUGCGUAAUUUCGAAGCUCAAAUCUCCACCGUCGUCGCUGCAGGAGUAUCAGAACUCGCUGCUCACACAGUAUGCCGCCAUCGUGGCGCAGGUCACUCAAGCCACUAAAGUAACCUUCGAAAAUUACCAACAGCAGCAUCAAGCGUUCGUUCAGCAUGCCACACAACAGCUGGCUCUUCUGGAAAAACAGAAACAACAGAUCGAGCAUGAGGCUCUCAAAGCCGCUCUGGCUGCGCAGCAGAAGAAUAUUGUUGCACCCCAGCCGUUGUUGCCGGAGUUGACGGGAGGAGCGAACAACGGUCUUGCACAGAACAUCAAUUUUUCGUUGUUAUCAGGUGCUCUUCAAAAUCUUCAAAGUAUAAACAAUCAAGUGCAAAACAAUAGAGACAACAACGAUAGUCGCAACAGUAGUCUGGGUGGUGAUGAUCGAGAUCGUGAUCGUGAUCGCGACCGUGACCGUGAUCGCGAUCGACGCGGCAACUAUGCGCAAUCCAACAAUUCAGGGGACGGAAACAACAACGGAGACUACUCACAGCCUCCCCCGAACUUCCCGAUUCCUGAUAUGACGCGACCUCCACCGGGCAUGCACGAUUAUCCCUACAGGGAUAACGACGACUCCGAUGAACGACGGCACGAUGACUACGAUGAUCCUCCGCCGGAUGAAGAAAACGAAGACCAUCACGAUCAAGAAGCCGAGCCAGAGUUUAAAGAUGAUGAACGACCUCUCAGUCCCCAGCAACCUUCGAUUCCCUACUUUGAACUUCCUGCCGGUCUGAUGGUUCCUCUGAUCCGCCUCGAGGACUUUAGCUAUCAUCCACUCGACCCGGAGGACAUUCGCUUGCCUCCGCCAGCUCCCCCGAACGAGCGAUUGCUAUCAGCUGUUGACGCCUUCUAUGCAGCCCCAAGCCACGAACGGCCACGUGACGGCGAAGGAUGGGAAAAGUUAGCUUUAUACGAAUAUUUUAAAGUCAAAAAUGCAUCUCGUAAGCAGAAAGAGGAAGAAAUCGAGAGCGGAGCUCGCGAUCGCUCCCGGUCGCCAACACCAAUCGAUCCUGAGCUGCUGAAAGCAACUAAGAAACAAAAGAAACGGGUCUAUCGAUCGAGGAGCCGCAGUCGCUCAAAAUCUCGUUCGAGAGAACGAUCCCGUUCUCGAUCUCCGGUUCGCUUUCGCAAUAGGUCCCGGUCCCGCUCAAGAUCGCGGUCCAGGUCACCCCGGCGAGUACCGCGGAACAGAAGUCGAUCGCCGCCUCGUAGAGAUCGAGAACGCUCGCGGGAAAAACGUUCGCCCACUCCGCCCAGCUUUGGCGGAAGUGGGUUCGGUAGCAAAAACCUGCCGGCCUUUGUGGCGGAAGAUAAAACGCCGAAAAUGGGUGGAAUGGGUGCCGCAGUGGGUGGAGGCGUUGCGCAAGGCAUUGGAGGCGAAAUAUGGGGAGGAAACGAUCGCGAAGGCCUGGGAUCGUACGGUGCGAGAAAUGAUCCGUACGAGAGUUUCCGUAAAAACAAGGGUGCGGCAUUUAUUACUCGCAUGAAGGCCAGGGCAGACGAUAGGUAAGCAGAUACUACAAAUAUUUAGGUUAAAAAUCGAUCAAUCUAGUAGGAAACGCUACACGAAGAUGUUUCGUGACAGUUGGUGUCAAUAUUGAAGAAGAGAAAACGGGAAAUUCUAAUAAAUUGUAUUGAACGAA